AGACAUGAUGCUGCCUCCCACAGCCCUCCACAGCAUGUCCUGGAUGCUGCUUUCCUGCCUCAUGUUCCUGGCUCAGGUCCAAGGUGAAGACUCCCAGAAUGAUGUGCCCGCUCCACGGAUCAGCUGUCCCAAAGGCUCCAAGGCUUAUGCCUCCCACUGCUAUGCCUACUUUAGGACACCCAAAUCCUGGGUGGAUGCUGAUAUGGCCUGCCAGAAGAGGCCCUCGGGACACCUUGUGUCUGUGCUCAGUGGGGCUGAGGCAUCCUUUGUGGCCUCCCUGAUCAAGAACAGUGCGAACACCUACUCAAAUAUCUGGAUUGGGCUCCAUGACCCCACAGAGGGCUAUGAGCCCAAUGCAGGUGGAUGGGAGUGGAGUAGCGGUGAUCUGCUGAAUUACCUUGCCUGGGAGAAAGACCCCUCCACUAUUGCAAACCCUGGCUAUUGUGGGAGUGUGUCAAGUAACACAGGAUAUCUGAGAUGGAAAGAUUACAGCUGCACUACAAAGCUACCCUAUAUCUGCAAGUUCAAGGACUAA